CUCCUCCGAUACCAACGAUAGCCUAGCUUUAGCAUAUACCAAGUCUUUGAAAUAAAUAGAGCCUCCCCCCAGCCCAAGACCACACUUCGCACACCAAAAAUCACCUCCAUCCCAACCAUGACCGCGCCACCACCCCUCUCCCCUACCCUAGGCGCCCUCCUCGGCGUCCACACCGGCGACUCCCUCGGCGCCACCCUCGAAUUCACCACGCACUCGCGCAUAAAAUCCACCUACCCCACCGGCCUACGCGACAUCAUCGGCGGCGGCGCGUUCUCCUGGCCGCCAGGGCACGCCACAGACGACACGGAUCUAACGCGCGCCGUGCUCCUCGCGUACCGCGACCGUGAAGAGUUUAGGAAAGCGGGAUCGUCUCAGGCAGAGGAAUUUGAUGUGGCCAAGUGCGCUGCAGAGUGCAGCCUAAAAUGGCUCGAAGGCGACUGGCCAGAGAGAAAGAAAGGCUCACGACCGAUCGAUAUCGGGGGCGCUACUUUGACUGGACUAUCUAAAUACGCGCGAUCACGCGACCCGAAGAACUGCGGUGCUGGGCCGGGGAGUGCCGGGAAUGGGAGUCUGAUGCGGUGUAUUCCGACGGCGCUGUUUACUCGCGGGAGAGAGGGGAGGAUCAAGGAGUCUAUGGCGAUCAGUGCGGUUACGCAUAACGACGCGCGCUGCACUGUGUCCUGCGCUGUGUACAAUGAGAUCGUGGCCUCUCUGGUCUCUGGCGCGACGCCUAAAGGGGCUGUUGAUGUGGGGCUGGAAGUCGCUACGUCGCUUGACUGUCCUUCUGUCGAAGCAGCUAUCUCGCGGGGCGAAAGCCUUUCGAUCUCUAAGAUCGCAGAGGAAGGACCAGGCGAGGAGCUCCCGGAUCGCACGUCGGGCUACGUACUCCAGAGUCUCAGCGUAGCUAUAGCAGCACUGUUAGAUCCACGGUCAUUCGAGGACGUACUCGUCGACGUGGUAAGGAUAGGCGGGGACACAGACACGAACGGGGCGAUUGCAGGUGGACUUUUAGGAGCAAGAGAUGGCAUUGAAGCGAUUCCGCCGCGGUGGUUGGAGAAGCUGCAGUUCAGGGGGGAGUUUGAGGAGCUAGCUCGGAGUAUUCUACAAAGUCAAGCAAACUGAGUCUAACCGAGACCCAAGGGGAAAGAAAAGAAUAUCCCAUC